UUUCAUUCCAUACAAGUUGUAGACUUUGGAGACUCCUCUCUCUCUCUCUCUCUCUCUCUCUCUCUCUCCAUAUUUCUCUGCAAAGUACAGAACAACCAAUACGUGAAAACAAUGGAAAUUAAAUUCACAUUACUAUGGUUUUCACUCUUCACUACAUUCUCAUUUGCCAAAAUCAUUACACCAAGGUUUCCUUCUUCGAUCAUUAAUCGGCCAGAACAGCUCUCUGUUUCCACUAAUGAUCAAAAAGGGCUAUACGAAUCCAUGUUUUUCACACAAACACUUGAUCACUUCAAUUACAAUCCACAAAGCUAUGACACAUUCCAACAAAGGUAUUUGAUCAAUGAUACCUACUGGGGUGGUGCCAAGAACGAUGCUCCCAUCUUCGUCUACACUGGGAAUGAAGGAGAGAUUGAGUGGUUUGCUCAGAACACAGGGUUCAUGUUCGAGACUGCGCCGAGUUUCAGAGCUCUUCUAAUCUUCAUUGAGCAUAGGUUCUAUGGACAAUCUAUGCCUUUUGGGGGUGAUAAAAAUAUAGCAUACAAGAAUUCAAGUACACUUGGGUAUCUGAGCUCAACACAGGCAUUGGCAGAUUAUGCAACCCUUAUCAUUGAUCUUAAGAAGAAUUUGUCAGCAACUGACUCUCCUGUGGUGGUCUUUGGAGGUUCCUAUGGAGGAAUGCUGGCAGCAUGGUUUAGGUUGAAGUACCCACAUGUGACCAUUGGAGCUUUGUCAUCUUCUUCACCAAUCCUCUUGUUUGAGAAUAUUUCUUCUCCCUAUGCCUUCAACAACAUCAUCACUCAAGACUUCCGGAGUGAGAGUGAAAACUGUUAUAAAGUGAUCAAAGGAUCAUGGCAGCAAAUUGAAGACAUUGCCAACCAACCUGGGGGCCUUGAGGUACUUCGAAAAUCAUUCAGAAUAUGCGAGAACUAUAUUAGUGCAUCGUCUCUUGAGGGUUGGCUUCAAACUGCAUAUAUUUACACGGCCAUGACAGAUUAUCCAACUCCUUCCAAUUUUCUUAAUCCUAUGCCAGCUUACCCAAUCAAACAGAUGUGCAAGUCAAUUGAUGAUCCAACCACAGGGAAUGACACAUUUGGGAAGUUAUAUGGAGCAGCUGUGGUCUACUAUAACUAUACUGGGGAAGCAGGCCAGUGUUUUGAUCUGGCCGACAAUUCUGAUCCCCAUGGUCUUGGUGGGUGGAACUGGCAGGCUUGUACGGAAAUGAUAAUGCCAACAGAUGGUAACAAUGAGGAGAGUAUAUUUCCAGCCUCAACGUGGAACUAUAGUGAUAGAGUCAGUGUUUGCCAACAAAUCUUCAAUAUUGAGCCAAGGCCCACUUGGAUUACUACCGAGUUUGGCUUCCAUGACAUUAAAAUGGCUUUGAAACGGUUUGGGAGCAAUAUUAUCUUCUUUAAUGGUUUAAGAGACCCUUGGAGUGGUGGAGGGGUGCUAAAGAAUUUAUCCAAAAGCAUAGUUGCCAUAGUAGCAAAAGAAGGGGCACACCAUGUGGACCUUAGGUUCUCAACAAGUGAAGAUCCAGAAUGGCUUCUAGAUGUGAGAAGAAGAGAGAUCAAUAUCAUAACAAAGUGGCUUUCUGAAUACUAUCACAGCUUGGCUCAUCAUUCCCAUUAAUUAGUAUUUUGUUGAAGAAACAAGUUCAUUUAGCCAGCCAAUUAAUGAGGGCCAAAACAAAUCCCUUCUCUUUAUAUUCAAGGACAGAUUUUCCUUAUUUCACAUCUAAAGGAGAGGGAGGAUCAAAAUAAAUGGUUGCUUCUAUUAUCCUGGAUAAAGUGAAAGGAGGUUUAUUAAAUUAAAGUGAUACCAUUUUUUUUUGCAUAA